UUAUUUGUAUCUGCCGACUUAAACUUGAUGGCAUGGAUUUUUCUCUAUGGAAAGACAUCCAUACCAUUUCUGCUAUUCAAGAUCCUGGCAAAUUACUAGAGAAGAAGAAUGCUCAAUAUAAUUCUCAAGAAGAACUACAUUCACAAUCUUCUCUGUAUUGUUAUGUUGAUGCCUCUUGGAUUGACUCUAAUAGGAAUGCUGGCAUUGGAUGGAUCCUCACUGAUGCACAAGGUCGUAAGCUGCUGAAAGGCUCCUCAGCCAUAGAUCCUACCAACUCAGUUCUUGAAGCUGAAGCUAUAGCACUAUCACAAGCUGUCUUUCAAAUCAAGCGUCUCAACUACAAACAUGUGGUGUUCAGUGGCGAUUCUGCUUCCUUAUAUCGUUACUUGGAGAAAGUUGGCAUUUCAUGCAAUAAAAAGUCUGGGAUUCUGGAGAUUCAAAGGCACCUUGAUGACAUCAUAUCCCUAGCUAAAGACCAUUAUAGUUUUAAGCAUGUUGCUAGGAAUGCUAACUCUUUAGCGGAUGCGUUAGCAAAAGCAGCUAGAACUAAUAAUUCUCCUUACGUUAUCACUUGGGAUCACUAAAUAUAUGUAAUGAACUCUUUGUACUAAGCUUUAUCUUAAUGGAUAAUUGGCCGACAAAAAAAAAAAAAAAAAAAA